CCUGCUAAAAGAAACGGGAGAAAGAAUAAUGUUUUGAUUCACAGAGAAGCGCGGAAUGGAAACCGAAAGCCCUCAAUCACGAUAAGGAAAGCGGGGCUUCCCCGCUAUUUCCCUUUCCCCAUUGGUUAUUUUUUGUAAUGAAGGGGCGUGGCCAUGCUGUUGUUACUGCUGGUAACUUGGAGUGAGCUGAAGCACAGACUCAGAUUGAGGUGGUUCUGGGUGAAGAACACUGAGGACAUAAAGUGAUUAAGAUGAUGGAGCUCAUGAUCAAAGACCUAAAUGGAAAAUCACAGAUUGUGAAUGUGUUGCCAAAUGCCACCAUCGGUGAACUCAAGCAACAUGUUGCCCCUCACUUCGAGGUGAGGGCAUCACUCCUGAAGCUUUCCGCCAGCAAUGGUCAGAUCCUGGACCAUGACGAGAAGACGGUGAGAGAUUACGGUUUGAGCUCGGGAUCCACCGUGAUGCUGCUGAUCUCCUCGACCCCGGUUCCUUUUCAGGUGUUUGUAAAGAAUGAGAAGGGACAGAAAAAAACCUACGACAUCACUGACAGUGAGACUGUCGAUCAGCUGAUGAGGAAGAUCUACCAGAUUGAAGGAACACCAUUGGACCAGCAGCGGCUGAUCUACAACGGACAACAGCUCGAGUCUGGCAGGAGGCUGCUGGAUUACAACAUUCAACCCGGAAGCACCAUUUACAUGACCCUCCGUCUGCGUGGAGGCUGAUAAGACACAAAGAUGUAGAAAUAAUUUUAGUUUUAAAAAAUCAAUUUAUUAAUGUUUAAUGUUUUACAUGCAAUGUAAUUCACAUUCCUUUAUUCUAAUUGCACUAAUUGACUGUUCACUUUGGAUGUAUUUUCCUUUUUCUUUUCUUUUUUUUUUUCAUUCCACCCCCCCCCCCCCCUUUCAAAAAAAAUCCCCAACAAACUAAUGUAUAAUGUAUAUAAAAAGUAUUACAGGAGAUUUUCUUAGUGUAACAGUUUAAAGUGUUUUAUUUAUUUAUUUAUUUAUUUUAAAACUGAUUAGCACAAAUAGUUUCAAAAUCUAAAGUAUAUAAUUUAAAAAAGUAUCCAUAUGUGU